AUGUCAGAAGUAGCAUCAGCAGGCCAUCCGAAAGGCAUUCCUCCAGAUAGAUUAACAAUAACUAAUGAAAUUGAAAACUCAAUAGUAAUAACAGCAUCAACAGUGACAUCAUCUAACAAAUGUAGUGCUGUUUAUUUAACAUGUCGUAAUAGUAAUAUUGAAGAAGUUAAAAGAUUACUUAAAACUAUAAAACUUGAUGAAAUGGACAGAAUCGAACCAAAUGGUAGUACGACAUUACAUGUUGCAUGUUUCCAUAGCCAUCAAGAAAUCGUUAAAUUAUUACUGGAAGCAGCAGCGGAUAGAGCUAUAUCUAAUAAAUAUAAUUGUUUAUCAUUUGAUGAAGGCAAGAAUAAUGAAACAAACAACUUGUCUUUCGUAUAUCGACUUGCAAUAGAUUCAUAUCAACCACGGGUGCCAUCGAAUGAGAAUUAA